UCGUGCCUUUAGGGCUGGUCGUCAAUUAAUACGCGGAUUGGCUCUGCUGUCGGUGGGUUGGGACGGUGGGUCUGUUUCAAGGCUGGUUCGCCUCCGCCAGCGCUGAGCGCCUCUCCUCCCCUCCCACAGCGGGCCCCUUGAAACAGCGUAAUUGAGAUGAUGUUAGUUGCACAAAGAAAUAGUCAGGCAGUCGUUUAACGGGCACGCAGCGAGCGAGUUGGGCUCACGAAAGGAGCGCUGUGAAACUGCGUGGUUCUUUGCGGCUAAGUUUCAUUUCUACCUCCCCAACCCCCCCUCCAGUCCUUUUACGAGUUUCUUCUGCGAACCUAAGAAAUGUCGCUGCAUUGAUUGUGUUGCUUUUCGCCCGUAAUCACAAGACUUUGAAGAUUUUUUUUUUCGAGGAUGCAUUUCAACGUGUUUCUGAGCGGACUGAUCACACUCUCGCUGUUCGAUUCCAACUUCCUGAGAGCCCAGGGCCAAUUUCAGGGAGAAAGAGGGAUCUCCAUCCCGGACCACGGCUUCUGCCAACCCAUCUCCAUCCCGCUGUGCACGGACAUCGCCUACAAUCAGACCAUCAUGCCCAAUUUACUGGGCCACACCAACCAAGAGGACGCGGGGCUGGAGGUCCACCAGUUCUACCCGCUGGUGAAAGUGCAGUGUUCGCCCGAGCUGAAAUUCUUUCUGUGCUCCAUGUACGCCCCGGUGUGCACGGUCUUGGAGCAGGCGAUCCCCCCGUGUCGCUCGAUCUGCGAGCGGGCGAGACAGGGCUGCGAAGCGCUGAUGAACAAGUUCGGUUUCCAGUGGCCGGAGAGGUUGCGUUGCGAAAACUUCCCCGUGCACGGCACGGAGCAACUGUGCGUGGGUCAGAACCGCUCGGAGGAAGGUAACCCCACCACCGUCCCCACCGCCCCGGGCAGCGACCUGGCUACUCCUAACCCGCCCCGCUACAAGCACGACCAGCCCUUCAACUGCCCCAGAGCGCUGAAAGUCCCCUCGUAUCUCAGCUACAAGUUCCUGGACGAGAAAGACUGCGCGGCGCCUUGCGAACCUUCCAAGAGUAACGGCUACAUGUUCUUCAACGACGAGGAGAUUAAGUUCGCCCGCAUUUGGAUCCUGAUCUGGUCGUCUCUCUGCUGCGCCUCCACGUUGUUCACCGUGACCACCUACCUGGUGGACAUGCAGAGGUUCCGCUACCCCGAGCGGCCCAUCAUCUUCCUCUCGGGCUGCUACACCAUGGUCUCCAUCGCCUACAUCGCCGGCUUCAUCCUGGAGGACAAAGUUGUGUGCAACGAGCGGUUCGCCGAGGACACCUACAAGACGGUGGUGCAAGGGACUAAGAAGGAAGGGUGCACCAUCCUCUUCAUGAUGCUCUACUUCUUCAGCAUGGCCAGCUCCAUCUGGUGGGUCAUCCUGUCCCUCACUUGGUUUCUAGCGGCCGGCAUGAAAUGGGGCCACGAAGCCAUCGAGGCCAACUCUCAAUACUUCCAUUUGGCCGCCUGGGCGGUGCCGGCCGUCAAGACCAUCACCAUCCUGGCCAUGGGGCAGAUCGACGGGGACCUCUUGAGCGGGGUCUGCUUCGUCGGCCUCAACAGCAUCGACCCGCUGCGGGGAUUCGUGUUGGCGCCUCUCUUUGUCUACCUCUUCAUCGGCACCUCCUUCCUACUCGCCGGCUUCGUCUCCCUCUUCCGAAUCCGGACCAUCAUGAAACACGACGGCACCAAGACGGAGAAGCUGGAGAAACUGAUGGUGCGGAUCGGCGUGUUCAGCGUGCUGUACACCGUGCCCGCCACCAUUGUCAUCGCUUGCUACUUCUACGAACAAGCCUUCAGAGAGCAGUGGGAAAAAAGCUGGAUUAGCCAGACUUGCAAAAGUUACGCCAUCCCCUGCCCCAUCCACUACUACCCCAGGAUGACUCCAGAUUUCACUGUGUACAUGAUCAAGUACCUCAUGACUCUGAUCGUGGGCAUCACGUCUGGCUUUUGGAUCUGGUCCGGAAAGACUUUACAUUCCUGGCGCAAGUUUUACACCAGACUCACCAACAGCAAACACGGGGAGACGACCGUGUGAGAGAGAAAGAGAGGGGCACAAAAGUUAACACGGGACUCUUUGUGUUUUAUUAUUAUUAUUUUUUUGUUAAUUGGUUUUACUUAACGUUUGCAUUAGGAUAACUUCCCAAGGUGUAAUAAAAACUGUAAAUAGCAUUUGUAAAAAAAUUCUUAAUUAUAUAUUUGUAUUUAAAAAAAACAAAACGAUCCUACUUGAGAUUUUUUUUUAUAUAUAUAUAUAUUUUUGGUACCAGUCUUCGCUAACUUGCCAGUGGAUUUCCGAUCUUAAAAAAAAACAGCUAGAAAACUGAUCUGGGUGGCUCAAUGGGGCAUUUGAGUCGAUUCCAUUAAAGCAUCGACUCUCUUAAUCGGUUCUUCUUUCUCCCUCCCCUUCCUGCUGGGGUGAUGUAGAAAUCACGGCGUUGCCACAUUUGCAGAGGUCCUAUAUAAAUAAAACUCCUCUCUUUCCACUGCCCGCCCCCCCUCCCUUCUCCCAACGCUCUUUACACUCGGAAUCCAACAAACCUUGUGACCGAAUCUCCCUAUCCCCGACCGUAGGGGACUUGCAACAAAACCUUUUCCCCCCCCAAUGUUAUCUGUGAAUCGCGAGCUUUAAAUUUCGCCUUAUGGAAACGUACUUUUGAUUACAAGUUUUGAUGCAGCCCCAAGUCAUUAUAUAGUCUCAUUCUUGAAACUUUUUUCUUGCAAAAAAUAAAAAAAAAAACAGUGGAUACGUGCAGUUUAUAACUCGGCACAGAUGCUGAUUCGAUCGAAUGAACACCGAGUGUUUUUUUAACCGCUGUUCUGGCUGCGUUUUUUCACAGCUGUCUAUUCGGCCACAUCUUUACACGGUUAUUGUUCUAGAUUUGACUUUUUUCUUUAUGUUUUGGCUUCUUAACCUUGUUUUCUGCAACAUCAGAAGUUGGGUGCUCCUGAGUUUGGAAGAGUUUUUUUUUGGAUGAGAGGAGUGGUUGCGGUUGGUGGGGUGGGGGGGGAUCCGAUCUCUGACCCCCACCUCCUGCCGAGCUCUUGAAAGUUCUCUCUUUCUUCCCCCUCCCCGUUAUACAAUGGGCCGGCCCCUCGGUGCCUCUCCGUUCGCCCUGUGCGUUGUACGUGAAACGUCUACCGCCUGCCUUUUCAUUCCUAGCCUUCGGUCAGCGUUGCUUAAAGCCCGCUUGGGGACUCAACGGCCUCGCUUUUUUCACCUUUCUUUACAGUAAUCAAGGGGGAAGGGGCAGAAUUUUAAAUAUUCGCUUGUAAAUUCUAGCCCCUUGCCCCACUGUUACAGAACAAUCACUCCCUCCUCCAACUUCAGAAUUGUCUUGUAUUUGGCGGUGAAAUUCGCCAACAGGAUUGUCGCUAUACGAGGCGGUGAAUUAUCUCCAAUGGACCGUGCCAGCGCUCUGCUCUGUAAGUUAGGUCAAUAUUGUAGAUCCUGGUGUGCCCCAGUCUGGAAUGGGCCAGUGUGUCUCCGGCUUCCUGCAGGGCUAGCUGACCUCGGCAUGUUGCAAUCUGCAUCUGUUUACAGCUCUCUUUAUUUACCGUUACGCCACCAAAAUACCACAAGUAGAACUCUGCAUACUGACCAGGCCCCACAUCUUGUGCCCACCACACUUUAUAGCGCCCCAUAUCCCAGGAAAAGUGCCGAGUUCGCCAUCAAUCCUUGGGCUCCAAGUCUGGCAGCAUUGCAGGAAUGGAAUGUUGGCUCUGGCGUUCCUGAGUUGUAUCCGUCACAUUUUGAUAUUUUGACAAACGCUUGUGAUACUGGGGGAAGAAGGUAGCUGCUUUUGAGUGUAUGUGUAUAUAUAUUUUUUCUCUUUGUAUCUUGUCACACUUCAGAGUGGCCUAUCUGCCAAAAGAUGCAAGAGUUUAGGAAUUCCAUUGGUUUUUCCAAGGGAAAAUGAGGAUUUCCCACAUGAAGAUUGAAUGUACCUGAUUGUUCACCAUCUAUCAAAACUUGGGCAUAUUUUCCAGAGUGGAAUGAACAGAAUAAUCCCAAGCAUCAAGCUGUACAUAUUUCUGUUAAUGUAAUUAGUACUUGUACUAUAAAAUGAUUAAAUAGUGCAGACCACAGCCUAUCAAAUACUGCAAGAUUCUCUUAGAUUGGAGUACAUAAUAUGGAUGGUUGGCUUAGACUGAUGUAGAGAUAUAUCUAUAGUUUUUGUAAGCUGGUAGAUGUAGGCUUGGAACUCCAUCCAUUUUCUUGCCUGGUACGCAGGUUGAGUUAAGAUUGCUAACUUUUUAUAUUUCCUUUAAGAUUGUAAAUAGAUAUAUUGUAAUAGCAGAGCCCUUUCUUCAAAUGUUUAAAUUGAUUUUUAUAUUCUGAAUGUUGUUUGCUAAUCGGACUGGAAUGUGAACAAUUCUGGGAGAAUACAUGGAGGAGAAAGUUGGGGGUGAACUGUGUGACAUAAUUUUCUGUGGCCUUCCUAUAAUUUAAUCAAGAAUGCCACGACAUUAUGUAAAAUGUAUACUUAUCCAUCAUUUGUAAUUGCAACCCCAUUGGUUAUUUUUAAAGUCCGUUUAAGUCGCUUUCUAGGACACAUGUUAUUUUUUCAGACCGUAGCCAUACUCCAUUACGUUCAUUAUUGAACUUAAUCUUUUAUAACUUUUGUUUAUCUCCUUCCACCCCCCCUUGAGUUCUUUACCCGAUCAGAUAUGGCCUUAGUCACUCUUUAAGAAUGGGUAACUUAUUUUUGUGUAUUUGGUUACUGUUGCAGUGGUUUUCAUAUUGUAGCAAGAGUUAUAUUUCUGAACCACUUACAUAAAAAGAGUGCACACUUUCACUUUGGAUUCCAGACACAAAUGUGGUGUGUUUAACCCAUCCUGUUCCAUCUCCUGCAUUCUAAGAUGGGACUGUUAUAAAUGCCUCACAGAAAGUGGCCCAUGUAAUGGUGGUGUGGUGUACUUGGGGUAGUGGUAGCUCCCAGUGAACGCACCUGAAUGUAUUUUGUGGUACAUCUUUCUGAAAUUUUGGAACAGAAUGGUUUACUUCCAAGAGUUCAGACAGCCGCCCUAUAACUAAGCUCUUUAAACCAAACUUGGGAUGCUUAUUUCAUUUAACUUUUUUAAAGGUUGUCCAUUAUUGGUUUAAGAAAUAGACCUGUUAAUUGCUCUGCAUUUUGUAAUUUGAAACAAUUCUUUAUUCUGAAAGUGAGUUAAUAUUGUGUGCACCCAAAUUUCAUCUCUGUGCACUUCCCUUUCAAAUAUUUACAGAAUGUUCACAAUGUUCUGGUCAACCACAUCCCAAAGGUGUAAUUUCAGUGCUAUCACCAGUGCUGUAUAGUUUCUCAGUAAAGACUGAACUGAAGGAUCAGGCGCUCAAAUGUAUUCAAAUAAAUUAAAAAUUUUGUUUUUUGCCA